UAAACUACCUUGAUUCAUUGGAGCCCAAACACUGAAUGUGCAGAGAUCCUAUUGUUCUUCUAAGGAGUAUCAUUAUUAUUAUUAGGGCCCAAACCCUGAAAGUGCAGAGGCCCUAUUGUUUUUCUAAGGAUUAUUAUUUUUAGGGCCCAAGCACUGAAAGAAAAAGAUCCCAUGCAGUGUCGGGAACUUUCGAACGCUCACAACAAGCAAAAGAGGACGACAAGCAAAGUAGCUGCUGCUGCGGAGUCUCAACUGAAUCUUGUCGAAAAGAAAAGUGGAAAAAGCCAGGUUUGGAAAUUCUUUGGAUUUGAGGCUGAUGAAAAGGGAAACAUCAUAGAUAAGCAAAAACCUAUUUGUAAACGCUGCUUUCGCAAUUUUCUGACGAAAGGAGGAAACACAUCAAACUUAAUAAAGCACAUGAAAGACAGACACCUGGAUUUAUUCAAGCAACUAAAGCAGUGCUAAAGAACAUCAUAGACACACUUCUGCAUGGAAACCUGGGCACCGAGGAUCACAAUGGAUGGGUUCCCAUUGAAAAUUUUUGUGGAAGUGGGGAUAUCAACAAUAUCUCAACUGUGACGGAACAUUAAUAAUUGGCACCUUUCUGAACUUCAAGCUUUUGUGCAGCAGGUAGAAAUGGAUCCUCUUCUGGAACAAGUUUUGGCGGGCUUUAACGGAACCCUUGGAGCUACAAAUCGGACAGAUCCCCUGGAUAAAUUCUCUGGAACCCAGCUGCUCUUGCGAUUCAAACCCCUCUUUAUUCCCCUCUACGCCUUAGUGGUUGUUGUGGCCGGUGUCGGGAACAGUUUCCUCCUAGCCUGCAUACUUGCAGACAAGAAGCUCCACAAUGCCACCAACUUCUUCAUUGGUAACCUGGCAGCCUGGGAUUUGCUCAUGUGCAUGAGCUGUGUGCCAUUGACCGCAUCGUAUGCCUUCGACGCAAGUGGUUGGGCAUUCGGCCGUCCUUUGUGCCACCUCAUUCCCCUGUUGCAGGGCGCCACGGUCUUUGCCUCUGUGCUAUCCCUCACCGCAAUUGCCAUGGACCGUUAUGUCGUGGUAGCAUACCCAGUACGAAGACGUAUCUCUGUGUGGGGCUGUGGCGGAAUUGCGUUGGGUGUGUGGGCGGUUUCACUGGCCCUUGCUGCUCCGCCCUCCCUCCACACUCGCUAUGUGGACCUGCGUCCCAGUGGCAUGGAGCUGGUAGUAUGCGAGGAGUUCUGGCUGGGUGCCGAACGACAGCGCCUGCUGUACUCCUGCUUCUUCUUGUUGGCGUCCUACAUGAUCCCUCUGUUGUCUGUUAGCAUCUCCUACUGCGCCAUCAGCGUACACCUCCGCAAACACACCCUGCCUGGAGAGCCCUCACAAAGCCACCAGCGAUGGAGCAAGCAACGGCGCAAGACGUUCUCCUUGCUGGUUGCUUCUGUCCUCGCCUUUGCCCUCUGCUGGCUCCCACUGCAGGUCCUCAACCUGCUUCUGGAUCUAGACUCUGACUUCUUGAUCCUGGAUAAGCACUAUGUGAACGUGCUGCAGGUCAGCUGCCAUCUGAUUGCAAUGAGCUCAGCCUGCUACAACCCCUUCAUCUAUGCCUCGCUGCACAGCAAGGUCCGCUUGCACCUGCGGGGUUACCUGUGCCCAUGUAGGCGAAGUGGGCAGGAGUUAAUUUAUCGCUUCUCCUCCCGUAACCCCACCACCUGCCUAACAAUCAUCUCUGAUGUGGCCGUGAAGGACAGCCAAUCACCCGAGAGCCCCAUUCCUGACAGCUGCCUCUGAAGAUCAGUGGAGACUAAUCAGAAAGAGAACUCAUAGACUAAGAUGGUACCUCAGCACUGAAAUGGUAUUCCAGCUAAUAUUCAUUGUUCUCAUCUUUUUUUUUGUUGGUUUUUCUAUGGGGUUUUCUUUCAUGAGGACUAAAGAGUAUGCUCUCAGUCUCUAAGCUUUGUUUUGAUGUCACUGUAGACCUUAGCAUUCCAGGCUAAAGAUCUCCUCAUAGAUCUCCUUAACCUUGAAAGAAUCUAGGGAUGCAUCGAUCCGAAACCUGGACCAGCAUUUGUGGCGUAAUGUUGAUUCCCCCAAAAAUAAUAAUUUUGACUUGUUUGUCCUUUUCUUAAAAAUCGAACUGUGAGGCACUAACAAUGGAAGUGAACGGGACCAAUUUUUGGA